CAUCACUCCUUUCAACCCUCAGCCAAUCAGUGCUCACUGGGCGAUGCUCUGGUUGUGAAUGAUGUGCGGCGUUUAAGGUGUUGAUAGUUAUCCAGCUAUGUACUUCAACAUUGACUUUGAAUCACUGUGGUAAGGUGCCCAACCAUCGGUGGGGUUCUGUGUGUGUGAUCACCUGAGGUGUAGAGCGAGUCAUGCCGGGGGCCUGGCAGCUCUUCCGAGGAUUGCCCCGCACCAAGAUCUUGGCCUCAAGCCUGUUGCCAUGCCAACACCAGUCCCACUCGGGACCCGUUCCACACCAAGCUCCUCCCAGACACCCUUCCCUCAGCUGGAGGCUCCGCCCCGUGUCUCGGAGCUACCGAGCCACCCCCAACCUCCACAGCUACACCCUCACCCCGCCACAGGUCAACUCCAUCCUGAAAGCCAAUGAGUACAGCUUUAAGGUGCCGGAGUUUGAUGGGAAGAACGUGUCGUCGGUGAUGGGCUUUGACAGCAACCAGCUCCCGGCCAACGCUCCCAUAGAGGACCGCCGCAGCGUGGCCACCUGCCUGCAGACACGGGGCAUGCUCAUGGCGGUCUUCGACGGCCACGCCGGCUGUGCCUGCGCCCAGGCAUUGAGCGAGCGCUUGUUCUACUACAUCGCCGUGUCCCUGCUGUCCCACGAGACCCUGUGUGAGCUGGACGAGGCGGUGGAGGCGGGGCGGGCCCUCAGCCCCAUCCUGCAGUGGCACAAGCACCCCAACGACUACUUCAGCCGGGAGGCCCAGAGCCUCUACUUCAACAGCCUCCGGACCUACUGGCAGGAGCUCAUAGACCUGAGCAGCCCCGGGGAGGUUCCAGAGACGGGGGAGGCGCUGCUGAACGCCUUCAAGAGGCUGGACAACGACCUCUCUCUGGAGGCCCAGGUGGGAGACCCCAAUGCAUACUUGCACUACUGGGUGUUGAGGGUGGCCUUUUCCGGCGCCACGGCCUGUGUGGCGCACAUCGAUGGAUCAGACCUGUUCAUAGCCAACUCGGGCGACGGGCGAGCGGUGCUGGGGGUGCAGGAGGAGGACGGCUCCUUCACGGCUCACACGCUGUCCAACGACCACAAUGCCCAGAAUGAGGACGAGCUGGCCCGGAUACGAGGGGAGCACCCUCCGUCAGAGAAGAAGACCGUCAUACGACAGGACCGCCUGCUCGGGCUGCUGAUGCCGUUCCGUGCGUUCGGGGACGUGAAGUUCAAGUGGAGCAUCGAGCUGCAGAAGAGGGUGCUGGAGUCGGGCCCCGACCAGCUCCACGAGAACGAGCACACCAAGUUCAUCCCCCCCAACUACCACACGCCCCCGUACCUGACCGCCGAGCCCGAGAUCACGCACCACAGGCUGCGGCCGCAGGACCGCUUCCUGGUGAUCGGCUCGGACGGCCUGUGGGAGACGCUGCACCGGCAGGAGGUGGUGCGUGUGGUGGGGGAGUACCUGACCGGGUCGCAGCAGCAGCAGCCGCUGACGGUGGGCGGCUACAAGGUGACGCUGGGCCAGAUGCAGGGGCUGCUUGAGGAGCGGAAGGCCCGCACCUCCUCGGCCUUCGAGGACCAGAACGCGGCCACCCACCUGAUGCGCCACGCGGUGGGCAACAACGAGUUUGGCACGGUGGACCACGAGCGGCUGUCCAAGAUGCUGUCGCUGCCCGAGGAGCUGGCGCGCAUGUACCGCGACGACAUCACCAUCAUCGUGUCCCAGUUCAACCCGCACGCGAUAGGAAGUCAGAGGCGGGAGAACCAGUCCUGAGGCAGGAAGAAGGACCUCACACACGAUGAACUGUACAGUAUGUGUCUGUAAGAACGCACACGGACGGACUCUCCUUCUGGUUUUAAGAGCUGUUUUAGGAAUAUGUCGAUUGGUUUAAGGAGUUGAUAUGCAGUCCGGAAUAACUUUUUAACUGUUUAACUCGAACUACGGGACACCAGUGCAGUUUAGAGUCUAAAUGAGGUGCUCUUCCACACAAAAUAUACAUAUUUUUUUCUGCAAACCAAAAAUUUGGUUUCUUUAAUUCUUGGACUGGUUAUGAAGAAUAUCCAUCCCCGCCAAAAUAAAUAUCAAAGAGUUGUCUGAUAGAAAAAUGUUACAAAAUCUUAUGCCAAAGAUUUAGCCGUCUAUAAUCCAACCUCUUUCCCCACUGCCUGGGGUGAGGCUUUGAGAACACGGUCCUCCCCCCCCCAUAUAUUUAGUUUUGUGUUUGAAAUGGGACAGCAGCUGGGAAUCCCCAGGCUGCUGUAUGCCACUUGGUACAGAAGGACAUGUAUACAGCUGGGUUAUAUAGGACUUGUUUUCAUGUGCACUGACCUGGUUCCUGCAUAGUGCAGCCAGCACAGUCACUGGCCAUCAUGGAUGGUGCGUUUGGGUAGAACAGGUUGGUCGAGCAGGGCAAGAUGGCUAACCAAUGUAUCCGGUUCUUUUGUGCAUUCGCCGGUAUCAAUUACAAUCUUUCCUUCUUGCAAUCUAUUUGCUAAUUUCUGAUAAGAAAUAUGGAGUACAGUAUGAAGCUUGUCAGCAUUGUGUUUCUGUACAGCGUGCUUGAUGCUUCAGGGCAUGUCAGUGAAGGGUACAUGUGUUUAAACCUAUUGCACCUAAACCAGUGUUUCUUAUGUUUUCCUCUCUAAUGAGCACUUCCUUUAUAUCUUAUUCUCUCUGAUACCUGCCCAUACUUAAGCUUGCCUUCUGUAAAUGCUAUUUUUAGCAGAGCACAUAGGGUGUGUACUUUUUGCAUAUAUAUCAUUUGUAUUUGUAUAGAGCGAGAGAGCCUUGUUCUCUUACACUGGCUUGUUCGUUGAAGGCUUGUUUGCUGGAAGGUCGCUAAAGGCUCUGCCAUGAUUUUAAUAAUUAUGAGGUAACCAACCACAAGGUUGGGGGUCAUCUUGAAGUCUUCCAGGGCCUUGAGAGUGGAGGUCGGUUAAGUCCCUGACCACACUAGCGCUCUCUACUGGCCGGACUCUGGCUGCCUGUCUGCUGCAUUCUGGGAAAAAAUACCUGAACAGAGCAAGGGAAAGCUAUUAAGCAAUAUGUUACACUUUAUCAAGGAUUGUAUGUAUGUAUGUAUUGAUCUGUAACUUAUGUGUAAUGCCAUUUGUAUUUGGAUUGUUGUAAUAAAACACUAAAUACUCAA